AUGAUGACGGUUCGUAAUCUCUUGCUCGAGAUUUUGGGUGAAUCGGAUGUCUUCAACCCCAAUCUUGAAUAUCCGAAAUUCACAGUUGAAAAGUUUCAACACCAGUAUGUUUACAUUCGGAUCAGAAAUUUGCAUAAGUCUCAACCGAUUCACGUUCGUGUGAACAUUUGGGAUGAAAUCCACAUGGUGUUGAGCUUCGAGGUGAGGAAUCCCGUAAAUGGUAAUAACCAAUCGGGUUCCGCUCCCGGACAAUUGGCCUACUUUGGAGCUAGAUGCAGGCAUCCUUCACAUGUGCACCUUCGUCAG